GAAGGGAGCGAACCUCGAAUACGUUCGAAGAGACAUUCAAUUCCCCUGGAAAUCUAUAUAAUCGAAGCUCUGAUCAGUGAUCAUCCUCUGCAAAUCGCUCGCUGGAACAAUGUCAGGUCGAUCUACAUACAACAGACAAGACGGAAACAGAGGCGGGAUGAAAACUCAAAAGAAAUUCGUUCCUAAGAGCAAUACUUCGAUUUCAUCUUCGAAGAGAGAACCACCCCUCAUUCAACAACAACCAACCCUCUCUACUUCUCUGAGACGAUCUUUUCCGAAGGAAUCAUCCGAUGGUGCAGCGGCUGAGACUCCCUCCUCUAGCAGCAUCGCCACCACCGCUUCGACUACUAGUAGUAGAGUUCGAUUGGGAGAGAACGGGGACUGGGUUUCUAGUCUUCAACAGGGUGGCAACUUCGUUAAUUAUCUGCCCCAGGACGAAGCUGUCGCCUCCGGCCUCGGUGCUGAUGAUGGGGCUUUGGAUCCCGAAGAGUCUCAGCGUGUCGUUGACCUCCUCAACAGAGAGUUGUCUCGUUUGCUUAAGUUGCCUCCUCGAGAUUUAUGGAGAGAAGUUGCCAGUGAUGCUUCUUUGCACGAUUUCCUGGAUAGCUUUCUUAAAUUUAGAAAUAGAUGGUAUGACUUCCCUCACCGGGGAGCCAGGGGAAUAGUUGCAGGGGUCAUUGUUGGAGAGUUAGAGCUAAGCCGCCGUGUUUUUAUGGCCUUAUAUCGCAUAUCUUCCAACAGGGAUCCUGGCAGCCAGGCAAGUGACAGCCUCAGUGCUAAGGAGCAUGAAGUCAUUUUGCAGGAAAAAAAGCUACUUGACUUGCCCAAGUUAUUAGAUAUAUGUGCUAUAUAUGGUCAUGAUAAUGAAGAGCUAACUAAGUUACUGGUUAUGAAUUCUCUGAAAGCCCAGCCAAAGAUCCAUGAAAAGUUAGCAGCUGUAGUAUCUCACUUCCUGAACAUUGUCAACACAAUGCAUCAACGUUGCAGCUCAUCACUGGAGGUCUUGUUUUCCUCUGGAAGCCAUGAUGAUAGUCGACUUAAUGCAGAUUUAUUAGAGGUGAUAGACUUCGUAAACGAUGCAAUUUCAUCACUUGCUGCAUUUGUUAAUGCCUACAAACCUGCUGCUGUAUACUUUUCAUGUCCUGUAGAGGCAAGUUAUGGAAACGGGGAACUACUCACUACCCUUUCAAGAUUGCACGAUUCAUUGCUUCCAUCUUUAGGACGGGGUUUCAGACAUAUGUUUAUAGCUCAAGAAGAUAUGGCUCAGAACUCAGUUGGAGAAAAGAUUUCCAAUAUUACUCUUAGUUUCAAGAUGUUGUCAACAAGACUGGUUAAAUUUGGUUGGAAAUUACUGGACACCUGCUAUCUUAGUGAUGAGGUAUUUCAAGGCAACCUCCCAUUUCUGGAUUCCACAAAGAUGUUUCCAGCCAAUGUUGAGGAUCCAGUAAUAAGGGGAGACAUUCUGGUUCAAACUUUUGGGGAUAUCAAAGGAGAAAUUUCAAAUUAUUGUCAGGAGAACCAGAGCAAUGCAACAUUCCUUCAGAACAUUGAAAAGAAUUACAAGAUGUUUAGCAGACUUGACAGCCUACGUGGUAGUGGAUGGAUUUUCAUGGAUGAUGAACAAUCUCAGUACUUAUACCGUAUUUUGAUGCCUCCAUCUUCAAAGGUUGUAACUGGAGAGCCCAAUGGACCACCUUUACUGACAAAUAAGGUGCAGAUGGAUGAAGAUGCUGCAAUUAUGGAGUCCAAGGUCAGUCAAAUAAAGGACCUCUUCCCUGAUUAUGGUAAAGGAUUCCUCUCUGCAUGUCUCGAAGUCUAUAAUCAGAAUCCAGAGGAGGUGAUUCAGAGGAUAUUGGAUGGAACUCUACAUAAAGAUUUACAGUCCCUGGAUAUUUCUCUAGAAAAUUGUCCUCCACUCAAGUCUGCACCACCCGUGAAGAGGAAUGAUAAAGGCAAAGGGGCACUAAUAGAGCCUGCAGUGUUGCCUUGUUCUGAUGUGGUUGCUACUUUGAAGGGUGGUGUGGGACCCUCAUCUUCUGGUUCAUCUUUGACUGGACGGUAUACCAGGAAGACCAAGGAUGAUUUGCCUGACCCCAGCACCCUGGACUUGAGAAGUAAACAGGAUAUAGCUAAGACUGCACUUCUUGCACCUCAGAAUGAGCCACAGAAAGAGUAUGAAGACGAGUAUGAUGACUCAUUUGAUGACUUGGGUUUGAGUCUCGUGGAUUCUGGAUUUGAGGAGCCAGAGAUACUGGGAGACAGGAUCAGCACAACUCGUGGGAAAUCUCGAGGAGAUGAAACUGAAAACUUUGGCCUAAAUGCUUCUGAUUUUAAAUGGAAUUCUCGGAAGAAGCCCCAGUUUUAUGUCAAGGAUGGUAAGAACUACAGCUACAAAGUUUCUGGUUCUGUUGCAGUUGGAAAUGUUCAGGAAGCGGCACUAGUAAAACAAGCCCAGAAAGAAUUGAUUCAUGGCCUUGGCCGUGGUGGAAACAUUGCUCUUGGAGCUGUAAAAACACUGAUGGAGGCUGAUGAUCAGCCGGAAGACGCUUCAGAUACUCCUGAGACAGGAGGAAGAGGGAAUAUGACACAGUCAAGGGGCAGAGGAAGAAGAGGGGGUGGUAGCAAUUAUUACAGGAAGGAUAGAGCCAUGAAGAAGCACUUCUCAGGAUUAGGUGGCCACUGAAGUACAUGAAUGGAACUGAUGCAAAUAUAGCAAUACCUUCUCCUCAGAUUU